UGCAAAGUUGACAAAAAUGUCCUGACAUAAUUGUUUUAUUAAUACUACCAAUAUGAGCAGUAUAUGCCUUGUGGUGGCAAAAUAUGGUUGAACUUCAACCAGUAGACACUGUAAUUCCAGGCAAAUCUUGUGGACCUAUGACUGAAACAACAACAAAUAGAAAGAAAUUAAAGACAGCUGGUGGAAGAUCGAAAGGUGUUCGAUCGUCGAGUACUACAACAUGUGAUGUCACAAAGCUUAUUGUUGUUAUCAUCACAAUUCUAAUUCUUGUUUCUGCCCUCAUUGCAGUUGUCUUAGUAAUUGUUAUGGAUCAAAUGUCAUCUUCAUUAAGAGCUUUUGAGAAAGCAUCAUGUGAUGAAGUAGAACCAACGCCUAUGCAUAUAAAUUCAUGUUUAAAUUCUAACUGUCGAUUUGAUCUUUCUACUUGUUUUGAACCAUGUCCAUUCGGCUAUAGAACAGAUGAAAGUGGAUGUGAAGAUAGUUGUGAAUGUGCUAUUGAAGGAAGUUUUGAAGGAGAUAUUGCAUUUUCUGAAGAUGAAAUACCUAAAUUAACAGAACUUUAUGGAUACUCAAUGCCUGGGGAUUUUGACGUAUUUUCUGGUUCGUCAACAACAGGUCGUAUAUGGAAUGAUAAACCUGUAGAUGAGAGGCAUAAAAUCUACUAUCAAUGGGCAUCUUCUGUUACUGAAAAAGCAGAGAAGGCAAUUAUUGAAGCUAUUAAAAGAUAUAAAGAAAAGACAUGUAUCGAUUUUAUUGAAAGGAAAACUGAGGAACGUUAUUUCAGAUUCACUUCGGGAAGAGGUUGUAUGUCAAUGAUAGGAAGGCAUAGAAAGAAUGGACAACAAGUAUCUAUAGGUAAAGGUUGUGAGAUACCAGGUGUUGUUCAACACGAAUUACUACAUCUGCUCGGAUUUCAUCAUGAACAUUCUAGACCAGAUCGAGAUUCCUAUCUUAAAGUUUUAGAAGAGAACAUACUCAAAGAAAGAUUUGGCAACUUCAAGAAGAGAUUAAAGAGUCAAGUGCGAGAUCUUGAUUCAGAAUAUGAUAUAACUUCUGUAAUGCAUUAUCCAAGUAAUGCAUUCAGUAAAAAUAAGAAACCAACAAUACUAAACAGGAAAAAUGAUAAAUUAGUAAAAGCACAAAGACGAGGAUUCACAAAUGAAGAUUUAUAUGAAGUCAAUUUAUUGUACAACUGCUACAAUGAAUUAGCAGCAGCAGGAUCUAAGUUUCAACGAAUAGCCUGCCAAGGUCCACCAUGUCCACGAAAAGCUGGGAGAUGGAGUGAGUGGGGAUCUUUCACAGAAUGUAGUGAGAAAUGCAGCGGUGGUUUCCAAUGGAGGAGAAGAAGAUGUACUGCUUAUGGUGAAUGUGAAGGUGUAUCAUAUCAAGGACAAUCCUGCAAUAAAGAAGUUUGUGAAGGUAUGCCAAGGUGGGCAGAGUGGUCUGCUUGGAGUACUUGCAGUAAUAGGUGUGGAGGAGGAUCAAUGUCACGCAAACGUCAAUGCUUAACUGUUGACUUCGUAGCAGCAUUGACUUGUGAAGGGGAUGAUGCAACAGGAGUUGAGACACAAAGAAAAGAUUGUAAUACAAAUGACUGUGGUGGAAUUUCCAUUGAGUCUGAUUAUGAAAAUCUUUGGUCUAGUUGUUCAUCUAGUUGUGAGGGUACAAAAACAAGGGAAAGAAUUUGUGAAGGUAGCUGUCCUCCUGGUCAAAAUAUUGAAAAACAACCAUGCAAUGUUGGUGCUUGUGAUGGUCCGAGUAUGUUUUCAUAUUAUUCUCAUUUUUUGCUGUAA